AUGAGGCGUGCGCCGGCGGCGGAGUGCCUUUCGGAGCUGGGCUUUCCCCCGCGGCGCGGGCGCCAGGAGCCGCCUUUUCCGCUGGGUGUCACUCGGGGGUGGGGGGGAUGGCCCAUUCAAAAGCGCCGCGAGGGGGCCUGGCCAGAGCCCUUCAGUGAGCGCUCGCAAGAGGACGGCAGAGGCCCGGCGGCUCGCAGCUCCCGGACCUUGUGGCGCAUCAGGACGCGGCUGUCCUGCUGCCCGGACCCCGAGGAACAGCCGCAGCAGCCGCCGCCGCUCUGCUUCCUGCGCGUUAGCCUCUUCUGCGCACUCCGGGCGGGCGGCCGUGGGAGCCGUUGGGGCGAGGACGGCGCGCGGCUGCUGCUGCCCCCCCGGGCCCGGGCGGCUGGAAGAGGAGAGGCCGAGCCGAGCGGCGGCCCCCCCUAUGCCGGGAGGAUGUUGGAGAGCAGCGGCUGCAAGGCGCUGAAGGAGGGUGUGUUGGAGAAGCGCAGCGACGGGUUGCUGCAGCUCUGGAAGAAAAAGUGCUGUAUCCUCACUGAGGAGGGGCUGCUGCUCAUCCCGCCCAAACAGCUGCAACACCAGCAGCAGCAGCCCGGGCAGGGGACGGUCGAGCCAUCCCAACCCGGAGGCCCCGCUGUGGGCAGCCUCGAGCCGCCCGUCAAGCUGAAGGAAUUGCACUUUUCCAACAUGAAGACCGUGGACUGCGUGGAGCGCAAAGGCAAGUAUAUGUACUUCACUGUGGUGAUGGCCGAGGGCAAGGAAAUCGACUUUCGGUGCCCGCAGGACCAGGGAUGGAACGCGGAGAUCACGCUGCAGAUGGUGCAGUACAAGAAUCGUCAGGCCAUCCUGGCGGUCAAGUCCACGCGGCAGAAGCAGCAGCACCUGGUCCAGCAGCAGCAGCCGCAGCCGCAGCUUCAGCCCCAGUCCCACCCCCAAGCCCCACCCCCCCAAGCCCCACCGCAGCCGCAGCCCCAACCCAAGCCCCAGCCGCAGCCGCAGCCGCAGCCGCAGCCGCAGCCGCUCCAUCCGUAUCCGCAUCCGCACUUGCGUUCGCACCCACAUCCGCACCCGCACCCACUACCGCUCUCGCAGCCGCACGGCCACCGGCUUCUCCGUAGCACCUCCAACUCUGCCUGAAGAGGGCAGCACCCGAGCCAGACGAGGUUGUGAGGACUUGAGGAAGUGGGACAAGCACCUUUCUAUUGUCUUCACUUGGAUCGAAAACAAAACAGUCGCCCCGCCCGCACCAGACCAAGUAGUUUGGACAGAAUACGACCGAUAACUUGGCAAUUCCUCUUAGUUUUUCUGCAUACUCUUCAUCACAAUGCAGGAAAUGAUUUCGAGUCCAGAAGGCUUUAUUUAUGAACCUUUGAGAGGAUCUUCCAGUAUGGUGGACCUUUUAGGAGCGAUGAUGUACUGUAAUGUUAUUUUAAUGUAUUUUGAUUUAUGAUUAUUUAUUAGUUUUUUUAAAAAUGCUUGUUCUGAGACAUUUCUGAAUGUAGGCCAUUUUCCAAAAAAGAAACUUUAUUUUCAAAAACCUAUUCCCUAGUAAUUUCUAAUCUUGGGAAAAAAGAAAGUAAAAGGGCGGUGAAGGGCAACACAUCAAGAAUUCAUUUUCAGAAGGUCUGAUACUUAAAUGUUAUACCAGGUGGUUGAAAUUAAACUCUGUGAUA